ACCCUCAUUAUUAGGCCAGUUUUCGGAUAAUGUAGAUUUAAAUUUAAAGAAAAUUCAUCAUUGUCCUCCAGUCGUAGAAUCGCUCUGGUCCUUCGAGUCCUUUUGGUUGAAGCAAGAUGUGCACUCCUUGCAAAGAUCCGCCGGAAUGCUGCGGUUGUCCACCUUCGUGCUGCAGUCCGGGAAUUAGCUACUGCAUUUUUGAUCUGGAGACUGCAGUAUUUGAUACCCGAUACGUUCUACGGAAGGCUCUAAAGGAGCUGGCCACGAGCUACGAUAGGAGGAUACCAGAACUUUUACUUAUCCAAAGUGGGCCCAUGACGAUUUCAGAGAUGUCGCAGUUGAUUUGCCGAAAGUGCGAUAUGCCAAUCAGCUGGGAGACGUUUCGCUUGGAGCUAAACGAACGCACCUCCGAGAUGAUUGCAAAUCCCCCCUUAAUGGAUGGUGUUGAGCGAUUGGUGACCCAUCUGCGCAGCUGCUGCAUGGGACUGGGGCUGGUGACCUCCUGCACGGAGGCGAACUACUGCGCCAAGAUCCGCGGUCGGGAGGAAUUCUUCGAGAACUUCUCAUCGGUGAUCUGUGCGGAUGAUCCGGAGCUGAGGGCCUUCAAGCCGGAACCGGAUGUCUUCCUGAUUGCCAUGUCCCGGCUGGGGGAUGCUGGACCGGAUUGCACCCUGGUCUUCGAUGGAACCGCGAAGGGAGUUCAGGCUGCCAGCGAUGCCCGACUGCCCGUCAUUAUGUUGGCCGAAAAAGAUCUCCCCUGCUGCUGGUCCGAAUUGGCCGCCCUGCGCUUCGAGUACCUGGAUGACUUCGAGCCGGAGAUGUUCCACAUGCCCCCGUUCACGGAUCCUUCUCCGCUGAGGCGACCGAGUCGUCGACGGACGAGGUACAGUCGACGAUUGACUGUAAUCCGCAGAAGAGCCGCCGAAGCCGCCGCUGCGGAGGAGGAGGAGGAAGAGGAGGAACCGCCGCCGGAGGAACCACCACUCAUCGCCAUCGCAGACCCAUCCAUCUUGAAUUUAAGAGAAUAACUUCAUCUUAACUUAAUAAAAAUAUUUUUAAUAGAAA